GGCUAUGCGCUGGUGGAGUAUGAGACGUACAAAGAGGCACAGGCAGCCAUGGAAGGGCUCAAUGGUCAGGAACUGAUGGGUCAGACCAUCAGUGUAGACUGGGCAUUCGUCAGAGGACCCCCCAAGAACAAAAGGAGGGGUGGCGGGCGAAGGCGCAGCAGAAGUCCAGACAGAAGACGGCGUUGAGUGGCACCUUUCGCAUCACAUGACGAGGCAGAUUUUCAUAAAAAUUAAACAUGGAUUUUUUUUCUUCUUUUGUACAUUUACAAUAAGUACCUGCUACACACAGCAACUCUUACUGAAGUAAGUAGUUAUACAAAAAAAGAAAGUUUAGUUUAACACUUAAAAGAAAAAUAUGUGGAACUGUUAGUGAAACUUUGUGUAACACUCAACACUGACGUGUUGUUUGUACAUGUUUAUAGUGUUCCUUCAAAUGUUUGAGUUUGUAUUUUAUGAUGAUGUGUUUUGUGUUUUUAUAAUGUAGGGAACAAUAAAGUUUUUAAAGAGCAAA